AUGGAUGAAGGACAUGUUGGAGCAUGGAAGGUCAAGAACAACAUAGAAUGGUGGUGUGAUUCUGUAUUUUCUAUUCAUUACACUAUGGAUAAGUACGAGGCCGUUAAAGAUUUGGGAACUGGCAAUUUUGGGGUGGCCAGGCUUAUGAGGAACAAGGUCACCAAGGAGCUCGUAGCCAUGAAAUACAUCGAGCGUGGCCAAAAGAUUGAUGAGAACGUGGCAAGGGAGAUUAUGAACCACAGGUCCCUUCGGCAUCCCAAUAUAAUUCGUUACAAGGAGGUGGUUUUAACUCCCACACAUUUAGCAAUUGUGAUGGAGUAUGCAGCAGGUGGAGAGCUCUUUGAGAGGAUAUGCAGUGCUGGCAGGUUCAGUGAAGAUGAGGCUAGAUAUUUCUUUCAGCAGCUGAUAUCCGGUGUCCAUUUCUGCCAUACCAUGCAAAUAUGCCACAGAGAUUUGAAGCUAGAAAAUACCCUUCUAGAUGGAAGUCCUGCGCCUCGGUUGAAAAUUUGUGACUUUGGUUAUUCCAAGUCAUCUUUGCUGCACUCACGACCCACCUCCACGGUUGGAACACCAGCUUAUAUAGCACCGGAAGUUCUUUCUAGGCGAGAGUACGAUGGAAAGUUGGCUGAUGUAUGGUCGUGUGGAGUGACUCUUUAUGUCAUGCUGGUUGGAGCAUAUCCCUUUGAGGACCAGGAUGACCCUAGGAAUUUUAGGAAAACAAUACAGCGUAUAAUGGCUGUUCAAUACAAAAUCCCUGAUUAUGUUCACAUAUCUCAAGAUUGUAGACAACUCCUCUCUCGUAUAUUUGUUGCAAAUCCAUUGAGGAGAAUUACUAUUAAGGAAAUUAAGAGCCACCCGUGGUUUUUGAAGAACCUUCCAAGGGAGCUAACUGAAUCAGCUCAAGCUAUGUAUUACCAAAGAGACAGCCCAAACUUUCACCUUCAAAGUGUGGACGAGAUAAUGAAAAUUGUCGGAGAGGCAAGAAAUCCACCUCCAGUAUCUAGACCUGUCAAAGGUUUUGGCUGGGAAGGUGAAGAAGAUUUGGAUGAAGAAGUGGAGGAAGAGGAGGAUGAAGAUGAGUAUGAUAAGAGGGUCAAAGAGGUUCAUGCAAGUGGGGAAUUCCAGAUUACUUAA